AUGCUGAUAGAGCUACAAACAGCAUCGGUCGAAAUUUUCGCCCAUAGGGAAAAGACUCCGUCCCCAAGAGCCAAAAAGCCCGAGCAAACCGAGCUCUCCCGCAGGCUAAAAGCACCCCCCGAAACCACAAAGGCCGGAAUCAGACAUCGCCCCAGAGGCCCCCUUGGAGCCUUGGACUCAGACUCAAACCUGUUUCACGACGUUGGAACUAAUGAAGCUACAAGAACUUCCUGUAUUGACCAAAGCACGGAGAGUGAUGCCAUUGGCUUCGAUCGUUGUGAUGGGACGCGCCAGACAGUUGGUUCCAUUUUCCUGUUUUCCAGAACUUUCCGCGAAGUCUCCAUGUUGAAUCAUUUGCUAACAACCUCGAAUUCCAAGAAUGGGGGCCCCCAUCAAAGCAAUGACAGUCACGAACUAGACUUUCUUCCGGGUCCUCUUCGAAAUUUUUUGGGUCCCCGAAGUGACAAAUCAACAACGGCACCGGAUACCUCCACUACGACCGCAACACUGGAAGUUGAAUCGCAAGGCAUACUGUCUUCGUGGUUUACCCAAUCUGAUACUGACCCAUUGAUGCCAAAAGCAUUCUCUCGGCGCCAGCGGCUUCUGGGUUUUGUUCUUUGUCUGCUGGCUGCUUCUUUUUGUCUUUGUCUGGCGAUGGCAUUUCUGCCACUAAUUGGCACACCUUUCGGAAUUAGAAAAUAUGUGCUGCUUCAUACUGUGGGGAGCGUUUUGUUAAUUGGUAGCUUUUCGUUUCUCUGGGGACCUUGGAAUCAUUUGAAA